UCUCAUUCCAAUGAAUACAACCCUUUCUCCUAACUCUGCCUGCGACGCGAGGAUCUUUAUUAUCAAAAGCUUGGUCACUGUGUCACUUUAGCCAUGAAACCAACCGUGGUGCUCGUGCCAGGUGCCUGGCUUGUUCCCGAGUUCUACAAGCCCUUCCUAGAAGCAGUUCAGGCAGCGGGGUUCUCAACACGUACAGCCGAGCUGCCAUCUUUGAAUCCAGCUGAUCCGACCGCGGUGGAUUGUAUGGCGGACGCUGCGAGUAUCCGACGUCUGGUGUGCUCCCUUGUGGAAGACGAGGGUCGCGAUGUGGUGCUAGUGAUGCAUUCAUACGCAAGUAUGCCGGGAGGUGCCGCUGCCACAGGGCUCUCAAAGUCCGAGAGAGUCAAACAGGGGCAGAAAGGAGGGGUGUUGGGAUUGGUGUGUAUGGGCGCAUUUUUGGUUCCCGAGGGCGUCAGUUGUGCUGGGACGCAAGGUGGCAAUCUACCAUCGUGGAUUCUAUUGGAUCAGCCUUCUGUUGGCCUCAAUGUGCCUGAUCAGCCAGAGAAGACCUUCGCUGCAGAUGUCAGUGAGGAGCUGGCGCUGGCGCUAAGCAGUGUGAUCAAGCCGCAUGCCAGCCUCGCCUUUUUCUCAGCCCAGCCCAGCCCUGCAUGGGUGGACCCCACAUUUACCGGGAGGCUGGCAUAUGUAGUGACCGCCGACGAUUUGGCGGUCCCCAAGGUCGCCCAGUAUGGCAUGAUAUCGGGCACCGGUCAGCAAUGGCAUGUGCGGGAAAUCGAGAGCAGCCAUUGCGCGCCGUUCAUCACCAAAGUGGCGGAAAGUGUGGAGAUUUUGCAGGAAUUCAUUCAUACAUUUGAGAGCCUUUGAGCUAGGUCACCCAGCCUCCGACAUAACCUGUCAACGCGAACAUGUAACCUAUGCUACGUCAAUGUCGCAUUGCAUACAACCCAA